UCACUUUCCUAUAAGAAUCAAACAAUUCUGCAAUAUAGACAUCAUUCACAUUCAUCUAUCAUAUCAAUAUCUCUCUCUUUUAAUAUCAAUUCUACAAUCACCCAUUACAUGGAGAGUACAAUUGUUAAAAAGAAAAGAACAAUGAGGAGAAGGAAACCCAAAUCCUUAUUCAAUAACCUUCCCAUUAUACUUCAAACAGAAAUCUUUCGUAAGCUAUACAUGAAAGAAAAAUCAAAUGUCAUGUGUGUCUCGCAUUCAUGGCGUAAUCUCAUUCUUACCACAACACUACCAACAAAGAAUCCAUUAGAUCCACUGACGGAGGCAAUCAUUUCUCCUAGUCCAUAUAUGGAUAUUGAACAACUUUUUAAUUGGUGCUCAUUAGUGAUGGGUUGCAGAAUCGAGCCUAAAAAUCUGAUAGACACAUGUAAUGGAUUACUCUUAUUUUGUCAUAAAGAUGGUCAGGCAGAUAACAUAGUUCAUGGUGUAUAUCAUUAUUAUGUCAUGAAUCCAGUAACAAAACAAUGUGUAGCUGUUCCGAAGCCUGUAGGACAAACAUCUGGAGGGUAUUCCUAUGCUGCUCUAGCAUAUGACAAUGAAGAAUCUUGGUUUUUCAAGAUCGUACGUUUUCAAGGUCAUCGUCAUAUCAAUAUUUUCUCCUCUAUGACUGGUAUUUGGACUACAUUAACUAUUUACUUUCCAGAAUAUAUUAACGAUUCUUUUUGGAUCAAAAAGUCUGUUUACUUAAAAGGCUCUAUUUACCGACUCUCGUCUUCAGGACAUUUAUUGAGAAUUAAAAUUGACCCUCAAGAGAAUGUCUCGAAACAAGCCGAGGUGAUAGAACUUCAUCCAAAUUGUCUUUUUGAUGAUUCACAGCGGAAAAUAAGUUUGAGAGAUGGAAAGAUCUUUUUAGUCUUAUCAAGAGGUGUGAAAUUUAUGUGCUUUGAACUUAUUGAAUGUGUUACAGAGGGUGUUAGCACUUACACAUGGCACAUGAAUCUUAGCAAAGAGAAUCAAAAAUUGUUGCCUUUCAAUACCAACGGCGAGCUCUUGUCCAUUUGCCCUUCUAAUGAUAUGGCAUUUUUCAAGAUUAAAAAGCUAAUAUAUUUUUACUUAUAUAGUUUAAAUGGUAACAACGGCAAGGAAAUUGGAAUGGUUAGAAAGAAUCGAAUUGUGUUUGAAUACAUAAGAACAUGUGGACAACAAUUGUUUGAAUGCUUCAUCCCUUUUGCAUGCGGCUUAGAAAAGGAGAAUAGAAGAAAGUUUCAACGGUUGUUCGUUCCAAAGUGAAAAUUCAAGAAAGAAGACAUUUUAAUUAUCUUAAUUGUUAUUAACAGUCUUGUAUUUGAUAUUUUUAAAUAGUAUAAUUUAUUUGAUCUUAUUUAUCUAUUGAAUUUAUCAUCAAUACAUUGUAUCUUUAAUGGUGAAAUGACAUUUGUGCUGUGUGCACAGGAAGUUGAAUUUUAAUUUAUUUAAAAUUUUAAUAA